GCACCGCAGCAUGAGGAAGGGAAGGAAAUGAAAGCUAAAGAGGAUAAACAAUAAUUUUAAUCAAAACUCCUAAGAUGUUAUAAAUGGAAGUAUGUCUAUUGACCCUGUAUACUACACUGCUACCUAUUUUUAGCUUGCGGGAAGAGCCUAAACAAGAGGAUAUUAAUCGCCCGUCCCUCUGUCUCUAAACCCACAGUACUGGCGUUAGCUAGGGGGUCGGCCUAGCUUAGCUUAGCUAGUAUAGCCAGCCUUAGCGUCGAUCUCUCUGCCUCUUCAGCUCUGAAACACGCUGUACACCUUCUGGCCUGCCUGUAAGACACCAGAUAAAGGGGAACAGUUCUUCAUACACUUUUUCUUGCUUCUAUCAAGAAGAAGCGGGGAGUGAUGGAUCACAAUACAGACCUAAACAGCUUUUGGACGCUGAUGUGUCCCCUGGACUUCAUGGUGCGCAAACUCAUUGUGGUGGGCACACAUGCUGGCAAGAGAGUAGUCUGCUGGCCCAUGGCCCUCUAAAGGACUUCACUGAGCACCUCCACUCACAUGGAUACUUUUAUAUAGUGUUUACGGCACUGUUACAUGAGAGACGAUUUGUUUGAGUUGUUAUUGUAAGUGCCGAGAGUUUGGAUCACUGUCGGACUACAAGAUGAGCUUUUAUUUAGGCCAGAAGACUGCAGGAGCACCAUUUUCUUCAUUUCCGUAAUUAAGGUCUUUUAUUAGACGUCCCACUGGGUUUUGGGACUUGUGUGGACACUGUGGCAUAGCUCCAUUCCUUUGUUUCAUUUUGUAUCAUUUUUAAUUCAGUUCAUUGUUUCUCAAUGGUACCCCUUCACUGUCUAUUCCCUUGUUUUGUUUUGUGACUCCCUCACGUUGAUUCAUGUGUUCAUGUUGAGUCAGUCACUCGGGUAUGUUGAAACACAUGCCUUGUGACUAAGAAAGAGUACUGUAAGGCACUUAACUGGGCAUUCCUGCAUCAGUGACUGUGCUUUUUGCUGCUGUUUCUCUUUCUUUUUCUUGCUGAAACAUGGGGCUUAUUGGCAAUUUGCACUGAAAGAGCUUUGCUAUCACUUGACUUUUCCUUUCUCUACCAAAAUCCUGUCACAUUGAAGCCAUAUAAAUUUUAUUUUUAAUGGAACUAUAGGUAUUUUUUAUAUCACAGUUUAGUCAUAUCAUAUAUUAUAUAAGUAUUUUUUAUAAGAGAGACUUACACAAAACAGGCACUUGCACUGUGUUUGGUCAGGUUUAUUGGCUUCCACUUUGAGUAGUGUACGCAGGAAUUACACAGCUACUGUCCCAAUGCAGUUAGCCUGAUCAUGACAGUAUGUUCCUCCUGUAGCUUGGCAGAUGGACAGAAGUCCCUGCCCCUCUGACCCUGUUUUUUAGCAUUUGGACUUCUCCCUAAUGCCUGCGGGUCUCAGCGUGGGCGGGGCUCUCGGAGACCCCUCCUCCUCCCGCCCAUUCCGUCCCAGCCGCUAUGUGCCUGUCUCGGCGGCAACAGCCUUCCUCGUCGGGGCCACAACUCUCUUCUUCUGCUUCACAUGCCCUUGGCUAGCCGAGCGGUUCUCCUCCUCUAUUCCUCUCUACAAUGGUGUGGUCUUCCUCUUCACGCUGGCCAACUUUUGCAUGGCCACAUUUAUGGACCCAGGUGUCUUCCCCAGAGCUGAGGAAGAUGAAGAUAAGGAAGAUGAUUUCCGGGCUCCGCUCUACAAGACAGUGGAGGUUAGGGGGAUUCAGGUUCGCAUGAAAUGGUGUUCCACCUGCCGCUUCUACAGACCGCCCCGAUGCUCACACUGCUCUGUGUGUGACAACUGUGUGGAGGACUUUGACCAUCACUGUCCGUGGGUGAAUAACUGCAUUGGGCGGCGGAACUACAGGUACUUCUUCCUGUUUCUGCUCUCCCUCACUACUCAUAUUAUGGGAGUGUUUGGAUUCAGCCUGCUCUACAUCCUCCACCACACUAAGCAGCUGGAUGAGGUUCACUCUGGAGUUACUAUGGCAGUGAUGUGUAUAGCUGGUCUGUUCUUCGUCCCAGUAGCAGGACUUACUGGGUUCCACAUUGUACUGGUGGCCAGAGGGAGAACUACCAAUGAACAGGUUACAGGAAAGUUUAGAGGUGGAGUUAACCCUUUUACACAUGGGUGUUGCAAGAAUGUGUCUCAUGUGCUCUGUAGCUCUCAAGCCCCCAGGUAUGUAGGGCGGUUACGACGGAGUACAUCACUUCAGGUCCAGCCUCCUUUUCUGCGACCUCCACUUUCUGAAUCGCAGCUUGCUGCUAAAGUCCUGGACAAUGGCAUCCAACAGUCUAAGAGCAGUCUAGAUGGCAUGGAAAGUCAGUCUACAGACGCUGAUCCCCCUCCACCUCCAAAACCAGAGCACAGAUAUCAAGGGCUGCCUCACACACACAAUGAAGAGAGCAGCCUGCUGACUGAAGCUCCACCCACACCUUCAUUAUAUAAAUACCGGCCAGCAUAUAGCAGUCCGGGAAAAAAACACACAGCCUUAACACAUUCCAGCAAGAUGAGUAGAGGGGACAGUAUGACGGAGUCCCCGACCAUCCCACUCACCACUGGCCAUCCCAGCUACUGCUCUGACCCUAGUCUCUCAGGCCGGGGGGGUGCAGGGUGGCGAUCGGGAGGGGGAGGGGAGGGGGGCAGAGCAGGCUCGGGAGGGCUGGGCGGAGCCUCCGUUCUGGGUGGGCGGUCUUAUCCCUCUUUUACCGACACUCUCCUGCAGUCGGCAGUGGCCUCUUGCUCCUCCAGCAUCCGCUCGGCGCACACAGCGCACAAUGCACUCGGGCCGCUGCUCUCGGAGGGCACAACCUCGACUAGUUACAAGAGUCUGGCCAAUCAGACACGAAACGGCAGCUUGUCCUAUGACAGCCUGCUUACGCCCUCAGAGAGUCCGGAGUUCGAAUCAGCAGCUCACGAGCUGUCUCCACCCAGGCCACAAGCCCCGACCUCACUUGGCACCGCCCCCAUAAUGGGUUACUCCUCCCCUUUCCUGUCCGCUCAGCAGAGGGAGGGCUCUCUCCAGGCCUGCCCUGCCCCUCUAAGACCCUCCCCAAACAGAGCUUUCCUGCGCCCCACAAGCCCACCCCCUUCCCGAGCUCCUCCUCCUCUGUCUCCUCGCGCUCGGUCAUUGGGCUCCCCUCCUCCUGGCUCCGCCCCCGGCCACAGUUCUAUGGGCAAAUCUAUGUCCUACACAGGUGGAGCCGACUUACAGCAGCGGGCAACUAACAGUGGUGGAGGGACAACCAUGCCAAACUCUACCAGUAGGCAAAGCCUGGCCAAUCACAGCACCCAUGCACACAAACCUGCAGGUGGGGUGAAGAAAGUGAGUGGUGUUGGAGGAACAACCUAUGAGAUCUCGGUAUGAAUGGCAACAGCAGCACGCUGAUGGUGAUUCUGAGGAUCCAAGUUGCAGAGCUUCAACGGUUUUGCUGCAAGGAUGGCCCAAGGAUAGUUCAACCAGAUAAGCCAAAAAAAAAAAAAGUUUUAAUAAAGUAAGACUUCAAGGCAAAAUUUUCAAAAAGACUUCAACAGUUCCAACAGAUCCAUCAGUCGACCAAUUAAUCGCUGAGGAACAUUGCUAAGAAUCGUCUGGACCAGAGCAGACCCCUACAUGCUGUGUUUUUCUUUUUUUCUGUUUUUUUUUAUUUCUGUAUGGUACACGAAACUCCACACAUUCUGUUACGUAUUUAAAGAACUGCUUGUUGUAUUACCAGUUUUAUACUGUGGAACUUCAGAGGACAGGUCUCUGAAUGGCUUGGUUGCGUUCCAUUCAGUUAGGAAUCGCUGACCUCUCUUAAUUCACGAGUUACAGAUAGUCAAAAGGCGAUGAUUGCUAUGAUGACUCAUUGACUUAAUGGCUCUAAGUUAAACCAAUCAAGUGUUUGAAACACUGUUUGAGGCAUGAGUACUUUCUUUACUCAGCAUUCCCAUAGCCUCCACAUAUGGACUUUUAUUUGAAUUAUUUCUUUCUUUUGUUUAUUUUUUACAUUUCUUUACUUCCAAAUAUAAUUUUAUACAGGUACAGAUAUAGUAUGUUGUAAGAAUUAUUGAAAUAUUGUUUGAUAGGAAAAAUGCCAGCCAAUAACAGUAGCAGGUAGGCACAUGAGCAAGUGUGUGUGUGUGAGCAAGCGCUGUAGGGGCGAAGUUUAUUUGUUUUGAUAUAAUUGAUGGCUGCAUCAGCCAAUCAGAACCCAAGCUGGAAUUAUCAGCCAAAGAGAUCUGGCCAGGGACCUUCUUGUUUGAACAGACAGACAGCACACUUGGCCAGUAGGAGUGAAUGUACCAUCUUCAGAGCACAAAACAAGUUUUUUUGUUGACAUUUCUGGAAGAUACUGUGUGGCAAAGAUGUUCCAAACAGUAUCUUCUGGUUUGGUUUGCUAGUCCCUGGAAAGUUUAAUGGUUGGCCAGAGGGAGGUUCUGGCCCCAUUUUGACAUAUGCUGGAUGUCUAGUACACCACUGAGAAUGGGGGAGUGAUAAUGUACUCUUUAUUUUAUGAUUUUAUGUUUGUUGGAUUUUAUUUGGUGUUCGUUUUUAUGGGCAGCGGUUAAUGUUAAGAGCCGAAGUACAAGUUGCAUUACUGCCCUUGAUAGCCGUGUUUGUGUGUGUGUGAGAGAGAGAGAGAAAGAGUGAGUGAGAGUGUGAGAAUGACACAGCAAGAUGACAAGAUAACUGAUGUCUCAAAAACCUCUACAGGAGCACAUUCCAACUUUUCAGAACCCUGUUCAGAGAGUCUUCUAAGGUGCAUGUGUGUGUGCGUGCGUGUGCUUGUUUGAGUGUAAGUACAGGGGACGUGAUGUUGGAGUAUGCAAGCAAGUUUAGUUUGAGGUCUGAGGACCAGCCACUGGUCAGUGCAAGAUAUAAAGAGCUUAUGCAGUGACACACAAAAGUAUUUUAUUGAUAAUCUUCUUGUCAUUUCCACCAUGGCCUUAUGAAGCCUUUUUAACUGUAACUUAGGGUCUGAAGAGCUCUAGCUGCACGUCUGUAAAGUGGGGAGAGAGAUGUACUGAGUUGUAGGGGUGAAGUGCAGACUUUUUCUACCCUUCUGUAUUCCUUUAAUGCUGGUGACACUGAGUCACAUGAGCCAACACAUUUCCAACAGACCAAUAAAUAAUACUGCAACACUGAA